AUGACUUCGGCGAAGGGAAUCGGCAUCCCGAUCAAACUGCUGCACGAGGCGGAGGGCCACGUCGUCACGGUGGGCCCUCGCCUGCUCGCGCCGGCUGCUGCUGCGACCGCUGGAUCGCGGGUGGAGCUGAAGACUGGUGAGACUUACAGGGGGGAGCUCUUCGACUCCGAGGAUAAUUGGAACGUUCAGCUGCGGGACGUGUCGGCAACAUCACGGGAUGGUCGAGCAAGUCACCUGGAGCACAUAUUUGUGCGGGGGAGUCGAAUCAGGUUCCUGAUUGUGCCUGACAUGCUGAAGAAUGCGCCGAUGUUCAAGCGAAUCGACCCAAAGAACAUUCACAAGAACAUUGCCAUCGGGGUGGGCGGACGUGGGCGUGCGGCUGCGGCAAGGGCGAAGGCGAAAGCCAGCCAGCGGUGA